CGGGAUAUUCCACUUUUAAGUUUGGGUAGGGGGAGAGUAAUAAAGCCACAAUUCAAAUGCCGCCCGCCGUGACACCAAACAAAAUGUGAUGUUCACUGAUCAGUACUCCGCCACUCUCCUCCUACUCAAACUUAAAAGUGGAAUAUCCGUAAUCCACAGGUAAUAAAGAAAUGUAGGUAUAGGCCACUCACAUAAUGAUAUUUUAAAUGAGGCUAUUUCCGGAGUAGCGGAAAACUGAGGUGAAUCACCAUAUAGAUAAAACACCUCACUUUAUGAUAAGUACUCGUGGAACACUGAUAAGGUAUGGGUGGCCUAUCCAUUUCUUUGUCAAUGAGUUUGUUAAAAUCAAAGUUCAAAAGGUAUUUUAACUAAUAAUCUAUCCAUUUAUGGAAUUUUUAGAGUCCAUGGAUAUAUCUUUGUGGGACACUCUGUAAAUAUAAAAAUAUAUUACAAUUACAAUUAUACGACAGUAGGUACCUACCUAAAUUAUAGUUGUAUAGUAGUAUUUUAUAUUGACUCAUUAACAGGUGUACGAUAAUAUCAACAUAAUAUCUAGACCAUAGACUUGCCUAAUAAUUUUUUGUUUCAGAGUUCGUUUUAUAUGGUCGCGCGAUAUUUUAUAAAUAUUUUAGGGUGUCUAUUGAGUGGUGUAUAAUUAUUUCCUAAAGAAUUUUCUGAGCAUUCUGAAUAAUGUAAACAAGUAUUAUUGAUUUCUUAAAAUUACAAGGUCAGUCCAAUGUAGUAUAACUUGUGCUGCUCAAUCUCUUUGUUACCUCUUAGAAAAUGUCAUCAAUACCGAUGUUAUUAAAGGUUUUAUUUUUCAUUAAUUUCUAAUACAUAUCUUUCUUCAUUUUUCUAAUUUCAGGAGAAACCAGUUAUCGAUAUGGAAGGCAUCAAUAUUCAAAUUGAACCAUGUAAAACAUACUUUAGUGAUGGAUGUGUUGAAACCAUUGAAGCUGAUGAAACAGAUUUACUAAAUGGAGAACAGAAAACCAUUUCAGAUGAACCUGUUGGUAUUAUAGUUAAAUAGUUAUUAUGAUUUAAGUAAACAAUUUGAUAUUUCCAGUCAAAUUGGCCAUCGUGGUUACGUAAACAGUCAACAACUAUUGGGUCUUCUGCAUUAAAAACAGUAGAUUAUCUUGGCGAGUCUCUGGCUAAUUUUUUUGGUAUCACUACACCGAAAUAUCAGUUUGAAAUUAAUUACCACAAAAACAUAGUACAAGAAGUAAGUAUUAUAAAUUUAAGAAUAAUGAUUAAAAAAAUAUUUUUUGAGUAUAUUAGGUAUUUAAUUUAUUAAAUUAAACUUUAUGAUAAUCAUUCAACUGAAAAUAUCCAUGGUUCCUUAUUUAAAUUUUUUAAUUAUAAUAAUAAUGUAUUAAAUUGUAUACUACUAUAUGUAGAAGUAUCUCAGAAACUAUUUUCUUUUCCGAUUUAAUCAGUAUGUGAUCUAUUUGUAUUUUAAAUGGUGAUCUACUAAACAUUUGUACAGUGCUUAUUUAUUGAAGUGGCCAAUUUUUUUUUUUUUUUUUUCUGAUGUACAUCUUUGUAUCACUAACAUUUUAUGGUAUAAAUUAGCUUGAUUAUUAAAUCAUAUACCUGCUAAACUUAGUUUUCGCUCGUUAGGUUAUGUAUUGAACAAAUGUCCAUUUGCCAGAUUCCUACGAGUCAAACUACUCCACCAUUUAAAUGCCUUAACUUGAUUCAAUGUAGUCUAUGAUCACUACAUAGAAAUACAUAGUUUAUAUAAAUUAAUUUUUGAAUAAAAUUUCUUUAGAUGAAUGCAGAAAAAGUUAUGGAUGAAGAAAAUAUGAAAGGAUGGACCCAAUCACCACAAAAGUAUACUAUUACAACAGAGCCAUGUUAAAUUUUUAUUUAUUUGAAUUUGAAAGGGGGAUAAUUUAAAUAUAAAUGUCUAAUAAAAAAUGGUUAAUGGUUAAGUGUUUAAUAUAAAAAAGCUUCAUAUAAACAUUAUUCAAAAAUAUCAUUAUAUCACAGACAGAAAGAUCAUUAUAACAAAAAUAAAAUACAUUUGGAUUCAUAUUUUUUGUUGAAAGAAGCAUAUGACAAAUGUACACAAAUUAUUUAUUAAUUUAAUCAAUUAAAAGAACAGAUAUCCUAAAUGACACUAUAUGUGUCUUUAUAUUAUAAAUUUACAUACCAAAAACUGUUUGCCUUUAAUGUUUAAUUCAAUUAAUAACGUGAAAAAUACUGUUUAAUAUAUUUCAUAAUAAUACUUAAAUAGUUAAAUUUACUAUUAUACAUUAAUCAGAUAAUUAAGAUAAAUACAGCCACUAUAGGUGAACCAUAGUCCAACAAUAGGUCAGUUCAUCCUAUAAAAAAUCCAUAAUAUCCAUAAAAUUACGUUUUUUAUAUAUACUCACAUUUUUGUGUACAUCUUUGUAAUAUUUUUUCUUUGAAUAGUUACAUAAUUGAUUUCUUAUAGACUAUGAUUGAAAUUAUUUUACUCAAAUUAUAGAUUAAUAAUAAUUAUAAUUUUAAAUGUCUUAAAUAACCAACAAUUAAUCACACAAUUUAUUGCCUUAAUACUAAUUGUAAGAUCUCCUAAUAUUAUAUUUACCAUUAAUAAUUAAUAUUAUAAUAUUUAUUUUACCAUAAAUACUGCAAUAUAAAAGCUCAAUGACAUUGAAUAAUAUUGCUCAUGCCAAUUUUUUUUUUUCAAUCAAACAUUUGCAUUUACAAAUUAUUAACUAUUCAAUUUAUAACUAGAUGAUAGUUUAUAAAUAAAAUUGCAUUAUAUUAUUUAUUAACUUAAUAUAUGAUAUUUAUUGAAGAACAUUUUAUAUGAUAAAUAUUAUUGGAAAAUAUAAAUAUUGAUUAUACAUUUUAUAUUGUUUUUGGUUUUCAUUAUUGCUAAUUCAUAUUAUCUGAUGUCUAAUGACAAAUACAACUAUUACUUACACAUGGUAAAAAUGUUGCAGAGAGAAGAACAUAGAUAAUAUAUUGCGCUCUUGCCUUAGUACAUAACAUGGUAUACCUAC